CUUUGCUUGCCCGGGGGCUCGCCUGCAGGGUGCCUGAGGCUGCAGCCUUGUGGGGUGGGGGCCAAGCAUGAGGGUUGUGGGGGGAACCUAGUGGUGUGGCUCGUCUCCCCGAGACUUACCUGGGUAGUCAAGGGGCCCAGCCUGGCUGUGAGUGAAGCCUCACGGAAAUGGAGGAAGAGUCCUUUUCCAUGUUUUCCCUUGGAUGGAAGCAUGCUUUGUUCCACAGGAAACGGUAGCCCUGAAGUAUGAUCAUGGAAAAGGGAAUAAGCUCAAUAGAAGUUCCGCCAUCCAUAUCAUCUCAUGCCACUGCAGUAAGGAUGAUGGUAAAAGAACAUGAAGCCAAACCGGUUCAAAAAGUGAGACGAGUGGGAUUUGUACUUGUACAUGCAGGUGCAGGUUAUCAUUCUGAAUCCAAGGCCAAAGAAUAUAAACAUGUGUGCAAAAGAGCAUGUCGGAAGGCAAUUGAAAAGCUACAGGCUGGGGCUCUUGUAACAGAUGCAGUGACUGCAGCGCUAGUUGAACUAGAGGAUUCACCCUUUACAAAUGCGGGAAUGGGAUCUAAUCUAAACCUAUUAGGUGAAAUAGAAUGUGAUGCCAGUAUUAUGGAUGGAAAAUCACUAAAUUUUGGAGCAGUUGGUGCUCUCAGUGGAAUCAAAAAUCCUGUCUCCGUGGCAAAUAAAUUAUUGUGUGAAGGGCAGAAGGGAAAACUAUCUGCUGGCAGAAUUCCACCUUGUUUCUUAGUUGCUGAGGGAGCCUUCAGAUGGGCAGUGGAUCAUGGGAUAUCAGCCUGUCCUCCAGGCGUCAUGGCAACAAGACUUAGUUUAGCAGCUUUUAAAAGGAACAAGAGGAAACUAGAACUGGCUGAAAAGGUAGAAACAAAUCUUUUUCAGCUGAAGAAAAGACGACAAACAAGUGAAAAGGAAAAUGAGUCAGAAACAUUGGACACCGUUGGAGCAGUUGUUAUUGAUCAAGAAGGAAAUGUUGCUGCUGCAGUGUCCAGUGGAGGCUUAGCUUUGAAACAUCCUGGGAGAGUUGGUCAGGCAGCUCUUUAUGGAUGUGGUUGCUGGGCUGAAAAUAUGGGAAUUCAGAAUCCUUAUUCUACAGCUGUGAGUACCUCAGGUUGUGGAGAGCAUCUUGUACGGACAUUACUGGCCAGAGAAUGUUCAUGUGCUUUGCAAAAUGAAGAUGCUCAUCAAGCUCUGCUAGAAACUAUGCAAAACAAGUUUAUUAGUUCACCUUUUUUAGCCAAUGAGGAUGGUGUUCUGGGAGGAGUGAUAGUUCUCCGCUCUUGUAGGUGUUCUGCAGAGCCUAAUUCUUCACAGGAUAAACAGUCUCUAUUAGUAGAGUUCCUGUGGAGUCAUACAACAGAAAGCAUGUGUGUGGGAUAUAUGUCAGCACAGGAUGGCAAAGCUAAGACUCACAUUUCAAGGCUUCCACACGGAGCUGUGGCAGGACAGUCAGUAGCAAUUGAAGGAGGAGUUUGUCGACUGGAAAGCCCAGCAAACUGAACCACUAUGUAAUGGGUCAGCACAAAUGCUAUUUGUAUAAGAUCCUUUGUGUUUUAAGAGAGAGUGAGAUUUCAAUUAUUUUAUAUUCUUUAUUGCAACCACAUGCACCCUAACUUGAAACAAGUGCUGCUGUAGCUUUAGAUUCUAAAACUUUGUUUGAAUGUAUAUGAAAACAUAUCUCCCAGUAGAACAGAAAUUCUGUUCUUGCUUGCGUGAGAUAUUUUAACAUUAAAAAAGAUUUUAUGAGUUACUUGACCAGUCUGUAAGACAAUAAUGCCCUGAAAUUGCCAGAAAGAAAUGGUUUUAAUAAAUAGAGGGUAUGCAGAUCACAAAUGUUAUAUUGAGAAGAUAUAGACUUCAAAGUGAGUUGAAAUAAACAAAUGUCAGAAUGUGCUCAGUACUAUUUGAUGGUCUCAGGAGGGUCCCAUGGUUACUUAAGCAUACCCUCUUCUCCCAAGUAUGGGAUAUAAUAAUUUCUUUUUAGCAAAGAGGGGAUUGAUUCCAGUGAGACAGUCUAGGACAGGGUUACUGCCAGACUUUUUAUGUUCAGCUAUUCAGUUGUGGUACUUUUUUUGGCUUAAAUGUUACAUAGCUUAAAGCUCUUAUGUAUUAUGAAAGGCUCUGUAAAGAUAACGUACAGUCAUGAAGUCUUUGUGUAUAACUGAAUAUUGGGAUGUAAAUAAGAACAACAUUUAUUGAAAGAGUCAAUACUAUUCUUUGGUUUAAAUAUAUUUUAAGAGAAUAAUAUAGAAAUAAACUAUUACUGGAUAAUGCAAAAUGUAUUAAAGUGGUGAUGUAGAGGAACCUAAUUCUAGCUUUCUUCUGUUCCUUAAAUUCCAAAGUUAAAGUAAAUGGGUAUGCAUGUGUGCAAUUAAAUUUACAUGUAAUGUAAGUGGUGUUACAAGUGGCCUUUUAAAUGAUUUAUGGAGCCAAAAUCUAUGGCUGGUACAUAUUUUUAUAUACUGUAUGUUGUAAAUAUGAUUAGAUUUUUCUGACAUUUG